ACAGCUGUUGUCAAUGGCGUGCAAUUUAAAAAAAGGAGUAUAUAUUAAUAAAUGUUAUACACUAGAAACGAUGAAAUGCGACAUAUGUUGCAUGCAAACUGAAGACAAUGAAAAUGAGGUUUUACUAUUAGGCGACUGGAUGAAAAAGCAGAAUGUAACCGUUCAUUAUUAUUGUUUGCUGCUGUCGACUAAUUUGCAACAACGAGGCGGCGACUCUCAAGGUAUACUUGGCUUUCUAUUGCGUGACAUACGUGCAGAGAUAGCGAAUGCACAGCUUCGCAAAUGCAUUUUUUGCCACGAAAAUGGAGCCAGCGUUCACUGCCAUACCUGCAAUGAUGUUUUUCAUGUAGCCUGCGGCAUGGAGAGCAAUUGCGCAUUUUAUUUUUGUGAUGAUUUUCGUAGCUACUGCGAAGGCUGUGCUCCACUUAAUGACUAUCAACGCCAGCUGAUCGCUGAUCCACCAAGCUUGAAACAGUGUGACAUUUGCUUUCGCAUCAUCAGCUCAUUUAAAUUAAACGCCGUCUCGUACGGCGACUGUUGUCGCAAAGGAUUUGCUCAUCGUCUAUGCAUGCGUCGGUAUGCCAUUGCCUCAGGCUAUUAUCUACGUUGCCUCUGGUGCCGAGAUGAGAAGUUCCGCAACACAAUUAAGCAACAAUCCAUAUUUGUGCCUGAUCGCGAUGCUGAAUGGGAACGAAAUCCGGAUGCAUACAGUGAGCUGCAUCGCCGAUCGCUGCGCUGCGAUCAAGAGAAGUGCCUCUGUCCCCAUGGGCGUGACUGCAACAAGAACUCCUGGCAUGUGUUGCUCUGUAAAAUGUGCGCCGCCGUAGGCACGCACUACAAAUGCCUCAUUGGCAAAACCCAACUGCCACGAAGUGUUACAUCUGAACAACACGAAUUCAAAUGUGAUUUAUGCACUGAUACUGAAAAGAAAUUUCUGAGUACAGAUAAAGACAAAACGGCUAACAAAAGUUCCUUGCCAAAGUCUGCGAAUGAACUUGAUGAAUCAUUUUAUUUACCCAAGACAUCCAACACUCUUAUGCCCACAGAGGAGCCUACAUUGCCGUCAAAUGAAGACAGUGUUUCUGAUACCAGUAUCAUUACGGUAAUACCAAGUCAGAGAGAAUCUAAUAUGCCAGUGUCGGAGAAAACACCAAUUAUUGGCUCACCUACUCUUCUGCCAGUGGAACAUGUUUCUUCAGUAAGCAGAUAUAGUGACAGCUUUGAUUUUCAAUCGACCCCUGAUUUGAAUCUGCAGCAUAAUCUGGAUAUUAACGCCGCGAUUGAGACUGAGAACUUAACCAAUGUUGAGCUUCGGAAGACAUCAUUGGACCCACCUUUAUUGCUUCGUCAAUGUUUUGAAGCUGAAAACUACUUCGUGUUAGCUAUUUAUGAGCAUGAGCCUAGUGAAACUGAAAUGAUAACAGGCACAUUGUACUUGCGCUUUGCUCUGGAGGAUGCCCGCAUCAAGGAUCGCACGGAAGCAGCAUUAAUGCAGGUGAAAAUAACUAAAGAGGACAUUUGGUUUCGUGAUAGUAGUCGAGGGAUAUUUGAUCGCAUUGAUGAAUUUAAAACUUAAGAUCUUAUAUCUAUUAUUAUUGUACGUAUGAACAAUAUCAUUAAAUAGGUGGC